UUGAUAAAAGAUGAGCAGAAAGGUGAGGUGAACUUAUUUAUUGCUGAAGAUUCUCAUAAUUCUGUAUUUUAGGACAUAUCAAAUUGCUCGUGAGAUUUGUGAAAUCUAAGUUAUGUGUUGCGAGGGAAGCGCGAAAAAAGGUUUGUCUUUAUCAGAUAUUAAAAUACUAAAUUUAGUUGAAAGAACAUUCAAAAUAAUGAUUUUUCUGAAUGAAGACAACUGAACUUCGUCAGUCGCGUGCGGCUGUGCGGCGCGGUUGGAAAACAAUAACUCUUUUUUUCCGACCGCGCCGCACAGCCGCACGCGACUGACGAAGUUCAGGUUUUUAUUUUUUACGGCGGCCACAUUUUUCAAUAGUAGUUAGAAUACUUAUUCAUGUUUUUUCUUUGGAUGAACUUCAAAUCUUGAUGAAAUUUUGUCCAAAGACAGCUGGGUCAUAAGAACACCCUUAAAAUUUUAGAACCUCUGAGCCAAGUUCUGGGCUCUCAAAAGUACAAAAAUUGCAGAAAUUUGCUCAUAAAACACGUCAUAAAUAAUUUCGAAGCUAGUUAUGUGAAAAAAAUUAGAUUUCUCUUGAUUUUUUUGAUCAGUGCACUCGAAGUUCUCCUAGAAUCGGCCAACCUCGACUUCAACAUAAAUUCAAAAUGUUUUUGAAUCAAUAAAAAUUUCCUAUUUGCAAUAAUGUGUAUGAUUUUGAUUACGGCGGAUAACGUUUACGUUAACGUAGCACAGCUUGGUCGAGUGGUUAGCUUCAUUGACCUCUAAUCUAGAGGUCACGCGUUCGAUCCCGCUAGCAAACUUUUAUUUUAUUUUUUUCUUUUUCAAUAAAGAGUAGAAAAAAUUAAUUUGCUCACAUUCAUUUUUUCUCAGGAUUCUCAUGAUUUUCUUUUUGAGCCUUUUCUGUUUUUUUUCAGCCUCAGCUUUUUUUUCGCUUCUUCUUCUUCAAUAUUUAAUAAAUAAUUCAUUCUUGAGCCUGGCUAGAAAAACAACAACUCCUAGGCGAAAAAAGAAGGAAGAGGAGAUGACUUUUUUUUUGAUUUCAUGGUCCCAUUGCUCAUAUUAGAUAGGUCUUUUUUUCCACGUGGAUGGAAAACAUUUGAAAAAAUUUAAAAUUUGAUUUUUUUGCCACGUAGCAAGAUUUUUCCACCUAAACUCAAGCUACAGUACUCCUCUGACCUCCAAUUUUGGCGCCGAAAUUUUAUUUUUGAUCUUUUCUCUUUUGCUCCCCCCAUUUUGUGCUUUUUUUUCGGCCCCAAUUCAAUUAUUCGGCCUCCAAAAAUGCAACCUCGGCGAGGAAAAAUUGGAUUUUUUUUUUAUUUUUUCCAAAAAAAUUGCUUUUAUUUUCUUUUAUUAAGUGCUUUUUUGACAAAUUUUUUUGAAAAGAAAAAAAAAAUUUUGCACUUUUUUUCGCUCAAAAUUUUUGUUGAAACUUGAUUUUUGGCUGAAAAUUUCUGAUUUGUUUUCGAGUAGCUGAAAAUAUGGAAAAAAGGAACGAGAAGAUUGAAUUUUUAUUGUUCUCGAUGAUUUUCCAUUUUUUUUUUGAUUCUGAGACGAAAAUAAAUAUUAUGAGAUGCGGAGAAGGCCAAAAAUCAUAUUUUUCGCGUUUUUCUAGGCUUAAAAUUAGGCUAGCAGGCUUCAAAGCCUAGUUUUCAGCCUUAAAUUUAGGCUUCCGCAUUUGCAGAUUUUUUUUUUGAAAAAAAACUUUAAACAUACAUUUCCUUGGUCACGAAAAAAGAAAAAAAAACAAAAAUUUAUAGUUUUCGAAAAAAAAAUUGUAUUAAUUUUAUUUUUCUCUGGAUUUUUCAAACACUUAGGCUUAUUUUAGGCCUAAGACCUAAUAGGCUUGAACUUCAACCUUUUUUUUCUCAAAAAAAAAUAAUAAUAAUGUGAAAAUUGCCGUAAUUUUCUGCCAAGUUCGGUGCAAUAAAUCAAAAUUUUAGAACUUUUUUUCUGAAAAAAAAAGAAAAGUGCAGCCGCAAUUUUGCAUUCGUGGAAGCUUUGCCACGUGUCAAAAAUAUGUAUAGAAACCCAUUAAAAAAGUUGUUUCAAAAUAAUGUUUUUAUUGGUUCCUCCUAGAGAUUGCUAAGCUAAGUACUUAUGUUAGUUGAAAAUUUUUUCGAGCGACGAAAGUCGCGAGUGUAAAUCGCAAGAAGCCUAAGCCUAGGCUUAAGAGCCUAACCUUAAUAAGAGCCUUAAAUUUAAGGUUAAUUGUAAGCCUAAAUUUUAAGGUUGAGCCCUUGAUUUUUGUACAAAAUCAUGAUUUACCUAAGCCUCACGGCCCUUUUUGCUAAGCCCAAAUCUAGGCCCAAUUCAGCUAGGCCUAUCUGAGUUAGAUUCGUCUAAGCCACCUUUAAUUCAAAGCCCAGGCCCAAGCCUAAAAAGCCUGCAGCCUGAAAGUCGAUCUCCUUUUCUUGCUGAAACAUUUCUCCUUCCUGUGCCAUCCCUUUUUGCUCUUUUCGUGCUCCAGGAAAUGUAAUUUUUUGCUCUGCUCUCCGAGCAAACGAAAUUUAAUCUCGCGCGCACCCAAAAAGUAAGCAUAGUUUUUCACUUUUUUUAUGGUCCGACCAGCAAAAAAUGUUUUAAGUAUUCCGAAAUGAGAAUUUGAUGAAAUUAUUCGGCUUGCGAAAAAUUUAAUUUAUUUUUUUGCGCGCGCGAAAAACAAAAAAAAAUUUUUGGCACAUACACACACGGAAAAUUUAAUUCCGGGAUUUUUAAUGAGAUACUUUUAUUCAUUUAUUUUCGAGGUUCUUUAUUUUUUAAGAUAUUUGAGCCUAAUCCACGUGGAUUUCUAAUCUGAGCAAUAAUUUUCCAGAAAUUUUCUUGAAGUUCUGAAAAUUUUCAAAAUUAUUAAGCUGAGCAAUACUUUUUUUUCUGAAAAAUAAGCCUAACAUGAGCAAUCCUUCAUUUUUGGGCUCAUUAAUAAAUCCACGUUUUUUUAAAUUUCUGAAAAUUUUGAAAAUUUCUUAGCUGAGCAAUCAUUUUUUAGAAAAUACAGCCUAACAUGAGCAAUCCUCCAAUUGUUGGCUCUUAAACAAAUCCACGUGGAUUUUUAACAUGAGCAAUCAUUUUUCAGAAUUUUUUGAAGUUCUGAAAAAUAAGCCUAACAUGAGCAAUCCUUCCUUCUUUUUUUUCUUGAAACAUUUUUUUAAUGAGAAAAAAUAAUAUAUUUUUUCCGAACAUUUUGAUCUUGAUUUGAAUUUCUAAUUUUCGCGCCGCUCACUUUUUUUCCCGCUAUUUUUUGAGCUCAAAAAUCUAAUUUUUCUCAAUAAAAAAGCCACGUCAUUCCAAUUUUUCGCGCAAAAAAAGAAAAUUCAAAAAUUUUCAGAUGAACUUCACUGAAAACUCAACCGAAAUUCAAGAUUUCGGCGAUCCUUGUGAAUAUGUUCUUCUACAACCCUCAAUGCUCAAAAUGCGAGUUUGGAUGGUUUCGAUUUUUGGAUCGACAAUCUCGUUCAUUUCAAUGAUCGAGAACAUCUUCCUUUUUGGCAUUUUUGUCACCAGGUUUGGCUGAAAAUCGGAUUUUUGUCUGAAAAUUCGAAUUCUCUGGGAAAUUUCGCGUUUUUUAACACCAAAUGUUGAUAUUUUCGGGAAAAAUUUAAUCUGAGCAAUCAUUUUCAUAAAGAAUUUAAGAUUUUGAGAAAUUUCUGAUAUGAGCAAUGCUUUUUCGAAUUAUUUAACAUGAGCAAUCCUUAGAAUGAUUUUCCUAAGCCUAUUGGGUGUCAAACAGGGCUGGUCGGAAUUGACCUUUCGGAAUUUCGGAAGUCCCAUUUUCACUCUCGAUUUUUUUUUUCGGAAUUUCGGCGUUCCGACUUUUUAUUCCGAAUAAUUUUUCGAUAGUUCGGAAUUCCGAUUUUUCUUCCGACUUUUUUUUCGGAAUUUCGGAAGAAACUCGGAAGUCCAAAUGUGCAGGAAAAAACUGGAAAACGACAUUUUUCGAUGAGUUAUCAGAACAAUUAUAGUAAAAAUAUUUGCGAAAAACUGAAUCUUGUUCUUUAGUUCAUCAAAGACAACACAUUUUUGUCUAUUAUCGAUUAUUAAGAAAAUUUUCACCGUCAUUUUAGUUUUAAAAUAAAGUUUUCUUUAUAAAAGCAUAGAUUCCGAUAUUCCGAAAUUUUUCGAAAGUGAUUCCGACAAAAAAGUCGGAAUGAAAAAAAAGUCGGAACGAGAGUCGGAAUUCAAGAAAUUCCGAGUUUUUCUUUCGGAAGUGCUUCCGACCAAACUACACUUCCGAAAAAACGUCGAUUUUCGGAAUUUCGGAAUUCCGAUAUUCCGAUUCCGACCAGCCCUGGUGUCAAAAAACUCCAAAUUUCACAAAGACCUCAAAAAUCUUAACCUGAGCAAUCCCAGAUAUUAUUUUUUUGAAUUGUUUAACAUGAGCAAUUCUAAAAUCAACUUUUCCUGGGCUCAUUUGGUGUCUAAAAACAGCAAAUUUCACAAAGACUCCAAAAAUCUUAACCUGAGCAAUCCUAUAAUUUUCCAGCCGCCGUCACCGUCGUGAAAACGUCUACAUGAUGCUUCUAGCAUUUUUCGACAUUUUCGUCUCAAUGGCCUAUAUUUUGCUAAUGUCCGUAAAUGUUUUGUCCGAUUAUUUUCUAGCACCAUUUCUGGUGUCAAUUUGGUAUUUCUAUAUGAUUCCGAUUAUAACAAUAUCACAUAUUGCUAUGACGUCAUCAAGUUUUUUGAUUGUUGCCGCAAGUUUUGAGCGAUAUUGUGCCACUUUGAAUACGAAGAAUAUGCGAUUUGCGCAAAAGUGGGUUUGAGAAAAAUUCUCCACAUUUUUCUGAACAGUUUGGUGUAUUUUUUGACCCAUUCCAAGCAAAAAAUACGGGUUUUCGCUGCGAGACCCAACAUGUUCCUUUAAGAAAUUUUUUAAAAUAGAUUUGUUGCCCCCAAAAAAAUUCUCCACAUUUUUCUGAACAUUUUGGUGUAUUUUUUGAGUUAUUUUGGGCAAAAAUAAGGGUUUUCGCUUCGAGACCCAACAUGUUCCUUUAAGAAUAUUUCAAAAACAGAUUUGUUGGAACCAAAAAAAUUCUCUACAUUUUUCUGAUAGUUUUGAUGUAUUUUUUGCCUCAUUUCAAGCAAAAAUAAGGGUUUUCGCUUCGAGACCCAACAAUGAUCAGAAAAAUGUGGCGAAUUUUUAUUCUAUAAAAAUGUUAAAGGCACAUAGCAGGUCUCGAAGCGAAAACCCCUAUUUUUGCUCUAAAUAUGGCAAAAAAUACACCAAAAUGAUCAGAAAAAUUAGAGGAAUUCGAAUUUUCAGAAAUCGCAAGCUCAUCGCCGGCUUCGCAGUUCUCCUCGGCGUCAUUUCGAAAGGAACCAUGUGUCUCGAAUUCGAGUUGGUUUAUCAUGAGCAAUGCGCCGGCAAAAUGACGGCCACCACUAUGAAAUUCCGGAGUUUCGUAUUCGACACACCCUAUCAUUAUUAUUUCCGAUUUUUGUGAGUUUUGCGGGCAUUGCUCAGGUUAGACGGGAAAUUUGCUGUUUUUAGACACUAAAUAAUCCUAGACCGCAAGCUUCCGCGACCUUCCGCCUCCCUUCCGCAACCAACAUUCUUUUUUUCAGAUACCGUAACUUUGUCACAGUCUUUGCUCCAUUUUUCAUCCUCGUCUACCUUAAUUUCCGCAUCGUCCGCGCACUUACAACCUACACAACAGCUACAGUAUGCCUGGUGUCAAGCGGAACCGGCGCGGAUUUGCAGAAGCGGAAAGCGAACGCAAGAGCCGCAACGCGCACGUUGGUUGUUGUUGGAUUCACCUACAUCGCCUCCAAUAUUAUCAAUGUUACGCUAACUUCGUUGGAACAAGCGCAUGAUGAUAUUUCGCAACAGUAUCCGAGGUUUGCGGAAGAGCGGAAGGAAAACUUGAAUUUUUUCGUGAAAAUAAAAUUCUCCAAUUUUUUCUGAUCAUUUUGAUGUAUAUUUUACCCCAUUUCGAGCAAAAAUAAGGGUUUUCGCUGCGAGACCCAACAUGUUCCUUUAACAUUGUAAGAAAAAUUUUCAAAAAUCGAUUUUUUAGCUUCAAAGUACAUCAAAACGAUUAGAAAAAUGUGGAGAAUUUUUAUGGGUCAAAAAUUCUGAUUCAAAUACCAGAAAUUCUAAAGAUGAUUUCAAAAUUUGUGAAAUUUAGAGCAUAUUGAGCCCAAACAUGUGAAUUUUCAGAAUUCCAAAAUUUUCAAACAAAAAUCAGAUUCUCCUAAUUUUUCUGAUCAUUUUGAUGUAUUUUUGCCCCAUUUUGAGCAAAAAUCAAGGUUUUCGCUGCGAGACCCAACAUGUUCCUUUAAGAAAAAUUUUCAAAAAUCGAUUUUUUUAGCUUCAAAAUUCUCAAGAAGUACAUCAAAAUGAUCAGAAAAAUGUGGUAAAUUUUUAUGGAGCAAAAGUUCUGAUUUUAAAAAAUUUGAGUUUGAAACAUGUUUUUUUUGUGAAAUUUGGAGCAUUUUAAGCCCAAACAUGAUAUAUUUUCAGAAUUCCAAAAUUUUAAGAGAAAAAUUAAAAUCCUUCAUUUUUUUCUGAUCAUUUUGAUGUAUUUUUUGCCCCAUUUUGAGCAAAAAUAAGGGUUUUCGCUGCGAGACCCAACAUGUUCCUUUAAGAAAAAUUUUCAAAAAUCGAUUCAAUAUUCUGAAAACUGCUCAAGAUGUACAUCAAAGUGAUCAGAAAAAUGUGAAGAAUUUUCAUGAGUCAAAAAUUGCAGCCUCUACAUAAUCGCCAUUGAUUUGGUAUCGCUGCUAACGACAUUCGCGUGUGCCGCGCGACUUCCCAUCUACCUUUUCUGUCAACCUGUGCUACGCAAUGAGAUUUUCGAGCGACUCAAGCGAUUUUGUGUGAGUUUUGCGCGAAUUCGUCGCAGACUUUAAACUAAGAAAAUAAAAAUUUUAGUCCCUUCAAAAAUCGCCAAAAACCGAUGAAAAAUUGGGCGAGCGCUUGAGAUCAAUGGAAACCGACACAAGUUAUUUGAGCGGCGAAAAAUCGACAAAAUCGCUGCUCGCCGCCGAAACUGUGCCGAUUGCCACGAUUCCGGAAUUGGAUGCCAAUUGCGAAAAAGAUGCGGUUCGACAAAUUCUACAACAAUCACCAUAUGAAACUUUGCUUUGA